AUGAUAACCUACACCCGUCCUCAACACCGCGAUGAGUUCGAAAUCGCGGUGGUCUGCGCACUUCCUCUAGAAAGCGACGCAGUUUCGUUGAUCUUCGACGAAUUCUGGGGCGAUGAAGGCGGACAUGGACUCGGCCGGUCAGCUGGGGAUCAGAACAGCUACACUAAUGGCCGCAUAGGCGACCACAACGUUGUUCUGGUCCACCUUCCCAACAUGGGAAAGGUCUCUACCGCGGCAGCGGCUGCUGGACUUCGGUCAAGCUACACGAGGCUCAAGCUCGCAGUGUUGACUGGAAUAUGCGGCGGGGUUCCUCGUCUUGAAGGAGGGAAAGAGAUCUUCCUAGGAGACGUCAUUAUCAGCCAGGCGGUCGUUCAGUAUGAUCUCGGAAGACAGUAUCCUGAGAAGUUCAUUCGGAAGGAUACGACUAGCGACAAUCUCGGACGUCCUAACCAAGACAUUCGGUCUCUCCUCGCCAGUGUUCAGGGAGAAUUUGGUCUGAAUCAUCUUCAGCAACAAAUGCUCCGGACUCUGGACCAAAUCCAGAAUAAGACAGCCGGUCACCAUGUAGUCUACACUCGUCCACCGCCAACAGAAGACGUCCUCCUUGAGCCGGCCUACCUCCACCGUCAUCACGACCAGUACAACUGUGGAUGCGAUGACAACGCAGCCUGCAACAAGGCCAUGGAUUCUUCCUGCUUGGAUCUUCGAUGUGCCGAAAACAGCGUCCUGCGAAGGGCACACUCGGGUGAUUCACAAUCGCGAGACCCUCGCAUCUUCUUUGGACAAGUCGCUUCAGGAGACACAGUCAUGAAGUCCGGAGAGCGUCGCGAUAGCAUCGCACGGGAGCACAACGUGAUAGCAUUCGAGAUGGAGGGCGCCGGCGUUUGGGACCAAGUUCCAUGCCUAGUCGUCAAAGGAGUCUGCGACUACGCAGAUAGCCACAAGAACAAAGUGUGGCAACCUUACGCCGCGGCCGUGGCCGCGGCUACAACCAAGGCUCUUCUUGGGCUCUACCCUCGAACCGACAACCUGACGCAACGCUCUGCCGCCGAAGACGGUCGACCGCCCCCCGUCACAAACAAUUUCAACAGUAAUGGAACCGGGUCUCAAUACAACAACACCGGCAACGGUCCUCAGUACAACAACACUGGAGGGGGGAACCAAUUCAACGGGACCAACAUGACCUUCGGGAACUUUACCAGGUAG